GUGCGGAGGGCACCAUGGACGCCAGCACCCUCGAGGCCCUGUUCGAGAAGGGCGCCUUCUUCGGGCUCGCCUUCAGCACCGUGGCGGCGUGGUGGAGGGGUACGCUGGGCGGCGGCCGGGCAGAAGAGCAGCAGCUCGGUGGGCGGCCGCUGCCCUUCUGGGGCCUCAGCUUCUCCUGCCUGUCGCUGGUGGGGCUUCUGUCCACGCGCUGGUACGACUGCGGCCACUUCCCGCUGAGCAACAUGUACGAGUCCCUCAUGUUCCUCGCCUGGGGCGUGACCGCGAUCACCGUCUACUUCGCGGUCUCCGAGGGGCCGAAGGGCAUCAACGCCGGCGCCACCGCCGAGAGGGCGCAGAGCCAGGCCAUGACCACCGACGUCGCGGCGGUCUGGUGCUCGCCAGUGGCGUGGGCCGUUGUCGCUUUCGCCACGCUGUCCCUCCCCAAGGAGCUCCAGAAGGCGUCCGCCCUCGUCCCGGCGCUGCAGUCGAACUGGCUGGUCAUGCAUGUGUCCGUGGUGAUGCUGUCCUACGCUACGCUGAUGUUUGGCUCCGUGCUCUGCAUGGCCGUGCUCGCGCUCAGCCAGCCCGAGGACAGCCCCGUCAAGGCCCUGCGGGAGGCGGUGGUCCCGGCGCUGAGGAGCGUGGCGAGCAGCCUUUCCCCAGCGCAGCAGCCAGCGGUGGCGACGUCGCCACGGGUGCCCGAGAUGGCCGUGUCGGCGAUGACCAACACCUUGGCGGGCAAUGCUGCCACAGGGUCUGCGGCAGGGGCGCCGGCGCAGCAGUUCCAGGUCGCGGGCAGCGCCGGCGGCGCCGUCACCGUGGAGUUCAGCUCCACGGCCGCCGCGCCCGCCGCGCGGCUCACGGAGGACGACAGGCUCGCCCUCACCCUCGACGACUUGGCGUACAGGUCUCUGCUGCUGGGCUUCGGCUUCCUGACCAUAGGCAUCAUCUCCGGCGCCGUCUGGGCCAACGAGGCCUGGGGCAAUUACUGGAGCUGGGACCCCAAGGAGACCUGGGCGCUCAUCGCGUGGCUGGUCUACGCAGCCUACCUCCACGUGCGCCUCCAGCUCGGCUGGGACACUCGCGACUCCGCGAAGAUCGGCGCUUUUGGAUUCUUCGUCGUCUGGCUGUGCUACGUCGGCGUGAACCUCAUGGGCGUCGGCCUCCACUCGUACGGGUUCUUCCUGAAGUGA